AUGAGAUUUUCCGUUCUCUUCUCGCUGCUGCUGACAUUCUCUCACGCAGCCUUACCAGCGGUUCUUGCACAGAACCAGGUGUAUGAUUACGUGGGUCCCCCUGCACGCGGUAACGGCGGAGCUUACGGGGGGGCUGGGGGCUACGGGGGAGGCGGCGGAGGAAACAACGGCGGAGCGACCGUUGGGCCCGGCGGAAACCGCUGGGGUGGAGGUGCAGGGGGCGGGUUCGCGAACGGCGCAGGGGGCGGGGGAGGCGGAGGGGGGGCAGGCGGGGGAGGUUACGGCGGUGGCGGGGUGAAUAGCUGGAAGGCUGGCGGUAGAGGCGGACCGGGUAUGGCUGGGGGAGGUUGGAGAGGAAAUGCCGCUGGGGGAAAUGCUGGUGGCGCGGGUAAUUGGGGUGGCGCAGGCGCUGGCGGAGCUGGGGCUGGCGGAGGCCCCGCAAUGACUGGCACUGGCGCAGACGGGAACAGGUGGGGGGGGCAAGGCGGAGGGUAUGGGGGGGGAAGUGCUGGCGGAGCGGGGCAGUGGGGCGGAGGCCCCGCAGGGGGAAACAGGUGGGCAGGUGGUGGGGGCGGAGGCGGAGGGGGAGGUGGGGGCGGUGGAGCGUACGGUGGCGCGGGGGGAACCUGGGCGCAGGGGAAUCCGAACCAGGCCGGGCCUAAUGGGGCGCCAUGGGGGGAAUCUGGCGCAGGAGCAGGGGGAGGUGCAGGUAUGGGCGGAGGCAUGGGCGGCAUGGGCGCAGGGGCUGGCGCAGGUGCAGGCGCAGGGCCCGCCAAUGGCGCUGGCUUCCCCGCCAUGGGAACAGGGCAAGGCGGGGGAUGGGCACAAGGUGGGGGGGGGAACGCGGGCGGGGGAAACCCAGCUGGGCCAUGGGGCGCUGGGGGCUUUGGUCCUGGGGGAGCAGCAGGCGGAGGCAUGGGGGGAGGGGACAUGCAGGGGGGAGUGAUGGCGAAUGGAGGCCCAACGGGGUUGGCAGGGCAGCAGGCCUAUGUGCAAGCACAGCUGGAGCUGCUGCGGGAGCAGGGGCACGGACCCUUGCCAGGGAUGGGCGCAGAUUUCAGGACCUUUCCGCCCAUCACUGCAGAGGCCUGCAUGCCUUUAGUGAAUGAGUUUGUAGAGAGGAUGAUGGCGGAUCUGCCUAAGGGGUUGGAUAUUCAUGAUAGGAAGCAGGAGCCAAUCAAGGACCUGCUGUUCUUCCUCCACGUGCCUCGCACGGGCGGUCGCACGUACCACCAAUGCUUCCUCAAGCCUCUGUUCCCCGUGUCGCUGCGCUGCCCUCGCUCCUACGACGAGCUCCGCUUCGACCCAUCGAAGCCUCAAUGCCGGCUCCUCUCGACGCACGACGACUACUCGCUGAUGACGAAGCUCCCCCCCGCCAACACGUCGGUGGUCUCGUCCAUGCGCGACCCCGUGGACCGCGUGCUCAGCGCCUACGAGUUCACCGUCGAGGUCGCCUCGCGCUCGCUGCACUGGGUGCCCAGCCUCAACCCCGGGGAGAGCCUGCUGGAGGCCAGAAGAAACGCCAGGAAGCGGUUCUCGAAGGCGUCACACGCGGAGACGAGGCGCGUGUGGCCGUGGAGCAUGCUCAUUCCUAUCAUGGAGGAUGAUCUCUGGCUCAGACGCAACACCACGGAGAUCCCACUGCCUCCCGAGGGGUCGGAGUCGCUGAACGGGUACGACAAGGGGUACCUAGUGAUGCCGCUCAUCGACUAUGUCAACAGCCCUGCCGCCAUGGAUCUCAUUCACAACGGCGCCACCUUCCAUGUGGCAGGCAUAACACAGAACUCCCGGUACCCCAACGCACGCAUGCUGCGGCGCUGUGCGGCCACGUUCAAGGACUCUGCAGACAAGAUUCUCACCCUCGCCAAGGCGCGUCUGGCGAACAUGCUACAUGUGGGGCUGACAGAGGUGCAUGAGGAGUCUGCCGUGCUGUUUGCCGCCACCAUUGGCCGAUCCCUGCACUCCGCACCGCACCUCAACAACGAUAAUCCGAACCCGAAUCAAGAGAACGCCCAGACUGAGGCGAGUGUGACGCUACUGGACCACUACAAGCGGUGUGUCGACAAGCAGAGGGAGAAGUACAACACGCGCCGCACACAGGCCAUGCAGACCCUGGGGCCCCUCAACUUCUCGCACCAGGAGCGCAAGGGCAUCCGCAAGGAGGUGGUGCAGCGCAUUCGUGAGCUCAACAUGUUGGAUAGCGAGCUGCUGGACUUUGCCCGCCAGGUCUUCAAGCAGCAGCAGUUGGCAUAUGCCGACAUGAUCAAAGCGGUGAUGGAAGAAUGGCCCAUGGACAACAACACAGACAACAGCCACAUCGGCCGCAGGAGACGACUCUCCUCCCCCUAUGCCUCCCCUCGCAGCACCACCGGGCGGCCGUUGCGCGGGCGAGAGGAGAGAGAGAGAGGCCCGGUGGAGGAGAAGUCGGCGACGUAG